ACUAUUUACUACUCGAACUUUAGCUACAUACACACGCCGCUUUAACAGUGAUAACACUCAGUGCACCAAUCUGAUUAGAUACCGUGAUUGUGACUAUGACUUUUAACUAAUAAUUCUAAUCUUAGGAGAAGUAAAUUAAAUUGAGUAGUAAAUAGUAUCCUAUCACUGAUCUAUAAAGGAUUUAAAACAAAGUAUAAAACUACGUAUAUUUCAGUUCUAAUAGCUUUUAUAAAUCUGAUUUAAUUCUUGGAACAAUAAUAUUAUUAGUUUUAUUUCGGUGAUACAUUAAUCUUAUUGCAGUGAUAUUUUAAUUAUUUAUUACAUUUUGAGAAAAGAUGUUAACUCUAACUAGGUUAAAAAUUCUUAUAAAAAAUAAUGUAUUUAAUGAUUGUAUUAGAGCAAUAACUUGUAAGCCCAAUAUUCUAAAAAAUAUUAGUAAAGUCAAUAAUGAAAAUAGUACAAUUUAUAAUCCAAUUUUCAAAUCAGCAUAUAUGCCUACUUUUAUUUGUUUAAACAAAUUAAAAAAGAUGUCAGCAAUAUCAAACUGUGUAGUUAUUUCUGUAUCAUUUGGAUUCAAAAUAUUUGAUCUUUUAAAUUAUUCAGAAGUUAUGUAUAUUUCAAUGAUAGGUAUUGGUUUGACUACUGGUUUGUUAACUUCCUGUUGGCUGUUAUCUGAUCGUUUAGUAAUUUAUGCAUAUAUAUCUGAUGAUGAAUUAAAAUGUAGAAUGUCUUAUAUAUCUUUUUGGGGAAAUCGUAAUGAACUGUAUUGUAAUAUUGAUGACAUAAAACCUAUUAAAAACUCAAAACUUGAUUUUUUUAAUCAUAAAAUUAAAUUUGUAAAUAAUAAUAACUCAUUUAAAAUUAUUUUACAAGAUUCUACUAUAAUAAAUAAUGCAAAAUUUAGAAAAAUAUUUGGUGAUCAAAUUAUGUAAUUUAUAUUUAAAAUUUAUAAUAAAAGUCUUUUAUGAAUUUAUAAAUUUAUAAAUGUUUUCAUAAAAACAAUAUUUUUUUUGCUACAUUUUUGUUAAUCAUUAAAUAUAACUUUCAUACAAUGUGAUUCUUUUAAUACUAGCCAUUCAAUUUCUCUUAAAGAAAUAAUUAAAAAAUGUUAAGAAAAUUAUUUUUUGAUGUCAUAUACAGGUUAAUCAACCACAAUUUGACAUUUUUUAUAACUUGAUCAAGCAAAUAUAUUGUGUUACUUUUCUUUUUGAAUAAUUUUUACACUUUUAAACUAUGUUAGAUGCAUUUUAUUGUUUUUCAGUAAUAUAAAAAAAUAUUUUUUUUUAUAUAAAAAUUUUGCUUCUUAUUAAAAAAAUUUAAUGAGUCUUUAAGGACAUUAGAAUAAAUAUUGAGUUACAAGAGUAUUUUAUUGGUAAUUCUAUUAAGAACAAAAAAUUAUAGUUGUUAUAUAAUAAAUACAUUUAGAUACAUUGAACGUUCUCUAAAAGAUCAAACUUGUUUACGUUCACAUUCAAUGUGUUAAAAAGGGACUUGUUUAAACUUAAAUACAUUUUUAUAUCAAAUAAACACGUUAAUUUUCUUAUUAUUGUUUUUUAUUGUUUUUUUAUGUUUGUUCAUGAAUAUUCUCAGCUCUCACUGGACCAAUUUAAAUGAUCAAUAAGUCAAAAGAAUCUAAUUUUAAUUUAGCUGAAUCUACGCUGAAAAUGUGAAAAAAACCCUAUUUUUGAAAUUUAAAAAAUUAUCUUAAAAUUUUUGAAUUUUAAAACUUUUAAAUACUGAUACAAAUGAGAUAUUAAUAGUGUAUUCUUGAGUUUUAUUUUAUUAUGUUUUUUCGGAAAAUCCGACGAAAAACCAAAUAAAUAAUUUAACAAGCAUUUAAUAUCUGAGUGAAUUUUUAAAUCGUAGACAAUGUAAAAUUAAAAAUAUAUAAAUUAUGAAAUUGAUCAGACUUGCAUCGAAGUGUUUUUUCAUAAUAGUGAUUAACAUCACUGUCAAAAAUGAUCUAAACUUCUACGUUCCAUCUUUACCAAGUUCUCUCGGUACUGUGAUUACACUGCCGAAUUUUUCUUUUUGUAGUAAUUUUAUGGCAAAAGAAUUUAUGAAUUUGUCACUAGUUUCUUCUCUAAAUAUGCCUUUAGUCAAGAUAUACAAUGCGAAAUAGUUAGAAUUUAUUUAGAAAUUGGGCAUUUUUGAAUUUGAAAUAUAAUGAUAAUGGUUUUUUAAUUGACAACACAGCAAGAGAUAGGCAAUGGACUCUUUUUUACUCUACGGGCACAAUCAUUUUAUGCACUUUUCAAAUAACUACCAUUUAUAAUCUGCGUUUUGUGAUAAUGAUUGCAUUACGUAGUGUCUGUUAAAACCAUCUGUUGUAUAUGGGUAUUAUUUGAACAAUUGCUCGAUCAUCAUUGUAUUUGUAAUCAAG